GUUUGUUAUUCUCAUUUUGUAAUUCGUUGUUUGUUUUUUUUUUUUUUUUUCCCUCGGUGCGUGUUGAAUCAGAAUCUUUUGUUUCGAUCCCACUUCAUUCAACAUUAUUUGUUUAGCUCAUAUUGAGGCAAAACGUACGUAAGUAGAAGAGUCGCCGAUGUUAGCGAGUACACGUUACGUAGACAUGGUUUCUCUCUCUCUCUCUCUCUCUCUCUCUCUCUCUCUCUCUCUCUCUCUCUCUCUCUCUCUCUCUCUCUCUCUCUCUCUCUCUCUCUCUCUCUCUCUCUCUCCACACACACACACACACACACACACACGAAGAAGGAUGACCAACACGUGUUAAGAUAGGCAGCCGGUGACAUUUUCUUGCUUCUUUACAUAUUUUCUUGUCUUGUAUAUUUCCUUCAACGACUACCACCACCACCACCACCACCACCACCAUCGCCGCACACAAGCUAAUAUUAACACUAUCCAUCGGUAUCUUCCCCCACCCUUUUUUAACCACUACUAUAUUCCGACGCCAUUAACUCCACUAUUGUUGUCUUACUUUAAAUCUCAUGACUUCAGCAUCCACUACUACUACUACUACUACUACUACUACUACUACUACUACUACUACUACUACUAUUGCUCCUGCUGCUUGCUGCCACAACGACUACUACUACUACUACUUCUGUUGCUGCUGCUGCGGUUGCUGCUGCUAUUGCUAUCAUUACUGCACGACCAUCCCACUUCUUCCUUCUCUGCCAUUUCGCUCUUUCGCUACCGCCACCAUCUCCUCCACCCUUGUCACCACCGCCACCACCACCACUUACCACCACCACUUUCACUACUGUCCGCCACCACCAAGCCUCAUUCGAAGUUCCAUAGUCUGCCGACAUCUCCACCGGUAUCAGGAAUGUUAAACACAAAGGAUAAUACAAGUUCCUAGUAAAUUUCCUAAUUAUUAACUUGUCGUUUGACCAUAAUAGAGUGCGUUAUUUUCUUUAUUUCUUUUCCGUUCCAGAGGAAUAGUUAUGAGAUUAGCUUGCAACUAUGGUCACUUAAUCUAAAUCGACUUCUCUUCAUUGGUCUCAUAAAGGAAGUAUAGAUUUUUAUACACAAAUUUUCCCUCGGGCCGUCCAUAGGUACUGGGCGUCCAGGUUCCCAUAUAAGUUUAGUUUUCUUACAUCCGUGUCACGAGACCAUCGAUGGGCCUGGUCGCCCGGGGCAGGCAGUAAUGGAGAACACCCGCAGAUCAUGAGCUGUGCAGCUGCAUCGCGACAAUCGGCGGAGCCGCGUAGCCAAACCCUUGUGUACUCAGUGCCACCCCCCAAUGUCCUCUUGCGUAUAAACGGGAGUUCGUAUGGACGGCUGCUUGGCCCGUCUGCCCCACUAGGGUUACCGAGGAACUUAUUCGCCUGUGUCCCUUCCCCGACUCUGAAGCCUGUCAACUUUUCUUUCUUUUUUUAUUUGUCAGUGCACAAGUGCCCCUGGAAUUUGAUUAUAACUGAUUUCAAGUAUUUUUGAGACUGUCUGUCCCAAGUUCCUCCGUGUGCCAGUCAGUAUCCGUGAACACCGUCUCCGCAUUCACACUGCCCGGCUCUCGCCAACGACCUUCCUGCUGGUUCCCGUCCUGCCCCUUGCGCACGGGAACCUUGUCCUUCUUUUCUUCCUUCAUCGUCAUUCCGCCACGAGCGAGAACCAUAACCCUUAUCCCUCUCAUCAUCAUCAUUACAAGUGGGGCGUCCCAGCUCACCCAGGUGACCUGGCACGCCCCAACCUCCCUCGGACAAUUCUUAAUCCCAACACCCUUACCUUCCCCUGCAGUUUCUCUUCCCAUAUCUCUCCUUCUCACGCCCCGGCUCUGCCCUCUGAUAAUGAAGUGAGGAGAUCGGCUCGCACGGACGAGACACCUCGCUAAGUAUGUGAGCAUAAUAGUGACGGACAGGGUGGCGUUUGUAGCGGUGUGGCCCUCUGACCCGUGCCUCCUCCAGCCCCCGGGUCGCGGCCCCAGCUGCGGGUCACAGGGCGGACGGGGCGGCCUCAGGGGAUCCGACGUUGUUGCGCCUCCUAUGGGCGGGCGCACACCGUUUGCCUUGCUCAUAUACCUCACGCCGCCGCCACCGCAGCUGGCUCUCCCCUGGGGCCGUGCCCACACCAGUCUUCCACACCGGUACUCUAGAUCCCGCACCACGCCCCCACGGACUGCUGGACUGGAAGCUAGCGUGCCCGCUAGUUCAACCAGUAAUUACAAUGGUGUCCAAAACGACCAGAUACGAGUUUCUUGUACAUUUUAAAAAUGGUGUCUAAAAGACAUAAUAAAUGCACACGUCCCAGCCAUCUUCUUUGUACUAAUGUAUGAAUUAUCAAUAAGUAGUGUUCGAUAGACUGUUGUUGUCAUGUUGUCGUCUUUAUAAAUUAUUAAGGGUCGGGUACUACGUUAGUACUGCUGCAGUGUCAGACUAUGUACAACCUGCGGGACGCUCACCCCCGCAGCCCACCUCGGAGGGAGGACCAACCCCCACCUCAUUUUCUAUGGCCCUGCUGCACUUCUCCCUCCCUCAGUGUGAUUCAGUGUGGCCUUCGUCGCGCGUUACGGUGGCGGUGGCUGCUGAAGGACUCUGAGUUCUGCCAGGUGUGUGCCGCGUGUCAGGGGCCAGGCCGCGCGUGGUCACCCUCUCUGUGCAUGUUCUCCCUGCUGAGGCUUCAAUGGUUUUGUUCCGUUUCUUGUCCUACUAUGUAGUUAACAAAUGUUCAUGUGUUAGAUGUAGUGUGGGGAAAUUAAAUACAUACAUAAAAAUAUUGUCAAACUCUGAACCAAGGCGGUGUUCACUCAUGGUAAAUUCGUGAAGCUGGUUUGAGGAUAACUUGGUUCAAGGGUGAAGCUCUGCCGUGUCAGUUUAGGCAAGCUGGGACGACCGGCGUGUCGUGCGCAGCUCCGCCUUUUCUUGCGCGCCUGCGCCGAGGGGUACCUGCAACUUGCGACACCCUUGCAUAAAAUUAUUAUAAUUAUUGUGGUAAUUUUGUUGAGAAGAGCGAUCUUCAUUAUCUGCUUUGAACCAUAAUUUUUCAUAAAUGUAUACAUGCGAUAUAUAUAUAUAUAUAUAUAUAUAUAUAUAUAUAUAUAUAUAUAUAUAUAUAUAUAUAUAUAUAUAUAUAUAUAUAUAAGUGAUUGAUAGCAAAAGUGGUAACCCUGAGACCGAGCACGGAAAUGAGUUGAUUGAAUCACAUGUCUAAGAAAGGUAAAUGUGGAUUGCAUCACGAGGGAUUUAUUUUUAUACUGAAAUUGUUUGUUGUAACCUUCCAUAAUUGAAAGUGAUCAUGAUAGAGUACCUACCUGAACGUACGAGUACGCUGCAAGACGUCGGCACAAAUCGUUAUCAAAAGAUUCAUAAAACUUAUUGCCAACAGUUGCCCAUUGAUCAGUGUCCGGCCAAGCUUACCUUGCAUACGAGGACUGGCACAUCCCUUUAAUUUGGAACUAUGUGACAUGACGCAUCGAGGCGUUAUUAGCGUCCGUCACAAUGGUGGUGGCCGUUGGGUGAGGCGGCGGCCGUGACGCGGCAACUCCUCCACACCACAAGCGGCCGCUCCAGUCAUGGAAAAACCGAUAUUCAAUAGCAGAUUACAAGAACGCUCUUCUUAACUUGGAAAUUAUCAUUAUUAUUUUUAUUAUAAUGAUGUUGAUAAUGUACUUUUUAUGUACUUUGCCAAGCUUCCCUAAACGGCGCUCUCUUUACCUAUGUCCGUGGUACUGAAUGUGUAGGUACUGCAGUAACAAUAAACACUUGUCAAACAGGA